GCUGCACUGCUGGGCUAGUCUCGGUGGUGGGGUGUUUCCCUUUAGUUUUUUUUUACUUGUUCAGACACACACAUGCUCGUGCACACACAACAGGCUCUCCACGCUGUGAUCCAGCCGCAAGUCAGAACUAUAGGCAUGUGCCCAUGUCCCGUGUGUACAGGGAGACCCCGUGACACCAGCCCUGGACCUUCCUGUGGAGCUUGAGCAUUGCGGGGCAUUGUGCCAACUCUGUGCCACAGGGCUGGCAAGUCUCCACGUUUCUGCUCUUACCUGGGGAGGACAGGAAGUACAGUAGAUGGCACCACCAUGAGGGCUCCACCCUUACUUGGGAACAGACGAGUCCUUCGAGACAACUUCUCGUGAUGGUGAUUGUAGGACUCUCUGGACUCGGCAGCCCCUGCACUCCUGUGGCUCUUCGGGAUCAGGGAGAGCAGCAAAGCACCGCUGAUUCAGAGUCACCCAGAGAGCACGUUUCAGGAGCGUCCUCUACAGAAACCACUCAGGUGAGCAGUGCGGACGUCAGUGACCAGAAGCCUGAAACGCCAGGCCUUGCUGCCAACCUCGCCAUGUCAGAGGAGGUUAUGACAUGCACUGAUUACCUCCCUCGCUCGUCCAGUGAUUAUACCUCACAAAUGUAUUCCACAAAGCCGUACACACACAUCCUCUCAGUGCCUGUUCCGGACGCGGCCUACCCGGGGCAGACCCAGUACCAGGCCCUGCAGCAGUCCCGGCCCUACGCUGUCUACCCGCAGGCGAGCCAGACUUACGGACUACCUCCUUUCGGUGCGUUGUGGCCAGGUAUGAAACCUGACAGUGGUUUAAUUCAGACUCCAUCUCCAAGUCAACACAGUGUUCUUACCUGCACUUCAGGGCUCACCACAAGCCAGCCCAGCCCAGCACAUUACUCUUACCCCAGUCCAGCCUCGAGCACAAAUGCCAGCCUGAUGCCUGCCUCAUCGGCGGUUGCCAGUGUUCCCGCAGCCGCGGUUGCCAGCAUCUCCAGCCAGGACUACCCUACCUAUACUGUCCUUGGUCAGAGUCAGUAUCAGGCCUGCUACCCCAGCUCCAGCUUUGCAGUCCCGGGCCAGACCGGCAGCGACUCCGAGAACACUGCGCUAGCCGUGGGCACAUACCAGACGGAGAGGCCUGCCGUCAUGGCGCCUGGGCCUGCGGCGCCGAGACUGCCUUCUGGAGACCCUUCUGCAAGCCCAUCCUUGGCCCAGACUGCACCCAGUAAGGAUGCGGAGGAUCCGUCCAGGAAACACAUGCCUGGCAAGAACCGCGGCAAGAGGAAAGCUGACGCCAGUUCUCCCCAGGACAGUGAGCUGGAGCGGGUAUUUCUGUGGGACUUGGAUGAAACCAUCAUCAUCUUCCACUCUCUGCUUACUGGAUCCUAUGCUCAGAAGUAUGGAAAGGACCCAACAGUAGUUAUUGGCUCGGGUCUGACGAUGGAAGAGAUGAUCUUUGAAGUGGCUGACACACACCUGUUCUUCAAUGACUUGGAGGAGUGUGACCAGGUACACGUGGAAGACGUUGCUUCUGAUGACAAUGGCCAAGAUUUGAGCAACUACAGUUUCUCCACAGACGGGUUCAGUGGCUCUGCGGGCAGCAGCGGCCAUGGCUCCUCCGUAGGUGUCCAGGGAGGUGUGGACUGGAUGAGGAAGCUGGCUUUCCGCUAUCGAAAAGUGCGGGAAAUCUACGAUAAGCAUAAAAGCAACGUGGGUGGCCUCCUCAGUCCCCAGAGAGAGGAAGCGCUGCAGAGGCUGAGAGCGGAGAUCGAGGUGGUCACAGACUCUUGGUUAGGGACUGCGCUAAAGUCCUUGCUCCUCAUCCAGUCCAGAAAGAAUUGUGUGAAUGUCCUGAUCACUACCACUCAGCUGGUCCCAGCCCUGGCCAAAGUUCUUCUGUACGGACUAGGAGAGAUCUUUCCUAUCGAGAACAUCUACAGUGCUACCAAAAUCGGUAAGGAGAGCUGCUUCGAGCGAAUUGUGUCAAGGUUUGGAAAGAAAGUCACGUAUGUAGUGAUUGGAGAUGGACGAGAUGAAGAAAUUGCAGCCAAACAGCACAACAUGCCUUUCUGGAGGAUCGCCAACCACGGGGACCUGGUGUCGCUGCACCAGGCUCUGGAGCUUGAUUUCCUCUGAGAGCGGGACGAAGAGCCUCCCCAGGAGCUCAGCUCACUCGAGGCGGCGGACACCUGAACCAGGGACCCCCUCCCUGUGCCCUCCCUGGAGUGCUGGCGAGAACACAAUCAGAACCAGCCCGUGCUACCGCCUGGUGAGCGCGAGCAGCUGCGCGUGCGCGUCUGGAGCAGGAGCCGCAGCUGGGACAGCACCUCGCAGCUGCUUUCACUUCUGUGUCCAAAACAUGGAGAGAGAAAAGGAACCGUCGGGGCGGAGUUGCCCUGUCCCGCCGUCUGAUGGAGACCUGCCAGCUGUGUGGUGGCAGACGCACGGACCGUGGGACGACAUCUCAGUUGGGCUCUGGGCGUCCCCGACUCGGAACUCGUUCCAGGGCGACUGUGUCGUAUAGGGACAGGCCUGGUCUCGGGAGCAGGCCCGCCCUUCCUUGUCCUAAGAACGGGGCACGGUGACAGGGAAGCAGUAAGUUCCCUGGAAUGUCAGCGCGCUCUCCGGAACCUCAGCCCGGUCCCCGCACUGCGUCCUUAGCCCUCACGCUGCCUGUCCUGGAGGCCUCCCACCCUGCUCAUCCCCUCGACCCCGCAGGUGCAGGUGGCGCAGCCCUAGAAACCCCUGUGGACUGCUUACCUCUUCCUCCACACCUCCCGGGGGCAGCCUCUUCCUUAGCUGUCCUGCCCUCUGCACCGCUGCCCAGCCCUCGGAGUCAGGCCCAAGAUGUCAAAGCCCACCUAGGGACAGGCUUGCAGCUGCAUCUUGGCCAGAGCCACCCAGCAUUAGCGGGUGCCUUGAGGAAGCCUGUCCCCAGGUACACAUUCACCCCGUCUCCGCCUGCCUCCUCUGCUACUGGCAGGCUGCGGGGGACCUGGGCUGGACCUCAGCCACCUAGGCAAGCCUGGCAGCAGGGUGCGUGCCUGUCCCCACCCCCGGGAAGCCGGAGGAGCUGACGCUCAGCCCGGCCCAGCCCCAACAAGGCCAUUUCUGCAGUGAGACCCUGCCUUUAAAAAUACGUUAUUUCCCACAGAGACCCUCAAGUAGGAAACCAGGUCAGGGAGACUUCCCAGAGUUGGGUGGGCACUGACCCUCCCCUGCUGACCCUGGGGAGACAAGGUGCCAGGUACUUGUCUCAGCCUCCCAGCCCAACCCAGAAUCUUCCUGGGCAACCCGGCGGCCCUGGAGCGGAAGGCCUUGCUCCGUACUGCAGGGUGCAUGGGGCCACAGCAGACUCUCCACAGCCCUGUGAGGCUUGCCCUAGUGGUUCUGCGCCCCCAUCUGCAGAGGUGUGGCCCAGCAUGGCAAGACUCCAGUGCUGGGUCGCAGGGGGGGGGGGGCCCGUGCAGCCAUCCCUGCAGAGCUGACCUGCCCCCGCCCAUGGCUCACAGCAGGACACAGUGUGUUCUGGGGAGGGGCUGAAGCCAGUGCUUGGCUCAGGCCACCUCUCCAUGGGCGCAGGAGGGGCCGUGGUCUGUGGCCUCGGGUGUCUGGAAAACUCCAGAACAGUUUGUACUUUCAGGCCCCAAACCCCGUCACCAGAACCGCUCGGAGUCCGGGCUGUGCUGUGGGCCGUGGGCUGAGGAGUAAGCCCCAUCGCCCGACAGCACCACCUCCCCCGUCCCUUAGGAGCUCUGUGUCCUGGGGCUACAAGUGGGAUGCCUUCUCCCUCACCCUGGCUGCCCAGCUUGGCGCCCUCCACAAGGAGCUUGAACUUGGCCAGGAGGAAUGUGGAGGCCCUGAGCGGGGCAGGCAGGAAGCAGGAACCUCCUGACUCACCUUCGCCCAGCGGCCGUGCGGGGAGCACUGCUUUUCUUACCCCGUCUUCCUCCUCCGAGCACCAGGGUCGAGAGGACAAGCCUCAGGAGCUGUUGGAAGCUGAAGGCCAGCCCCAGGACAGGCCAUUCCCGGCGCACUCCGGCCAUUCACUGAGAUGGCCCGCGUGGCCACACGAGGGCUGCUGCUAGCUGGGCGCCUGCACCCAACCGGGCCAGUGCAGGGUGGCUCGACUUGGGAGUGUAGAACUGACGUGCCUUAGCACCGCCCUGUCCAACGCCCCUGGGGCAGCGGUGGUGUCCGGGAAAAUGGAAGCCUGUUCCAGACUCAGGUGCCUGUUUUAGCUUUUGCUUGGUCUGGGUGCUCCCGUCUGCAUACCCGUUGGGACCUGCACUGCACCUCGCUCACAGCCCACACAACGCUCGUCUUGAUGGCCCAGUGGGUGCGCCCGCUGCGGCUCGGGGGAGCCUGGAUGUCCGCCACCUGGGGAGGGUGUCCGCCCCGAGGGCGGAGGGCAGAACCACUCCUGCGAGGGCGAGUCUAGGUGCCCGCAGUGAGCAGGGGCCGCCUCCCUCCAGGGGCAGGCAGGGCCCUUCAGAGUGGACUUCUGUCUCUUACCACUAAGUCGCUUUCCCUUUUGAUCCCAAAGUCAAGCAUCCCAGAUGCUCACACUGUGGGAGCCUGUCUGAGCUCUGAGGUUCUGAAGCCCCUCCAGCGACGAGAGAAGAUCUGGCUCUGCCUCGGCUGGGCAGCGAGGCUGCUGGGCUAGUUCUCAUGCACUGACAGGCCUUCCCACCCCGGACGACCCCACGACUGAUGUUUAGCUUAGGUUUGCCUGGUGGCAAACACGGCUCUCCCUCUGGACUGAAAAGGCAUUGACUGGGUCUAUUUAUGUGACUGCGGGCAUUCUUGGCUGUGGAGUCCUUGACCAUGACGUAUGUAAUGGGAACUGUCUUAUACACUUGAAAAAAUAAAGUUUUUAUUUUCUAUA